AUGAAGAAACCAAAUACUAAGCAAUUGCUUACAACGUUAGAUCUACCACCGGUUAUUCCAGCUUCAAUACCAACAUUAGACUUUGAACAUGCCGUUAACAGUUAUCAACCAGGAAAUUAUAAGCCAGAAGAUUUACCAGACAAAAUACCCAUUAUAAAUGAAUCGACAGGAAGUUUCCGAAGAUUUAUUAGACGAGCAAAAUCAAGAAGAGUCAGGAAGAAUGAUAGACGAAGAAUAGUCAGUGCCCCACCAGGAACUUAUGCUGAAAAGGAACUACCAGGAAUUCCUUCAAGUGUUCCAACUUCUCCAAUUGCAUCAACAGGAAUAACAAUAAUUCCAGAAAACACAACCACAAGCAAACCAUUAUUCACCCAAGCUCAUAAAACAGUUUCAUUUAUUAAUGAAAACAUACAUUAUCCAAUGCUCACAAAUCCUAAUUAUAACCCACACCAGAUUGUGAUUAUUGAAGAACCUCAUCUUAAAUUAGAACCAAAAUUGACUAAUGAUUCCGAGACUAAUUCAAUUGGGACAGAUUCGAUAUUAUCUACCAAGAGCAUUGAUGUUCCUGUUGUAAUUCAUGAUGAUAAUAAUGAAGUCAAGGAAAUGAUAAUUCAUAAUAGUGAUAAUGAUAGUCUUGUAGAUAGUUUAUUUUCUGAAAAAGAAAAAAGAGGAGAAGAAGAUCAAAUUGAUCCUGUUACGUCACAUGAAGAACAUGAAAUGGACCCAUCAAUGUUAGUAUUACCAAAAAUGAGAAAGAAAUCACCCAAUAAAGGUGUAUCAUUGGCGAAAUUGAAUUCACAUCAAGUUAAUUCUAAUUCAUUGGGAUAUUGUUUAGAUACUCCAAAUGUAUAUAAAGAAAGCCGAUUCCCACUGGUUCCUAGUCAUAUUAAAAUUCCCAAGCAAAUGAAUGAAUUCGCUAAUAAUGAUAGUACUAACACUAACGAGAAGCAAAAAACUGAUAAUCGUCGUUCAUUAAGUGAUUUUACUCAUAUGAAACAUGCUUUAAUUAAAUCAGAUUAUCAAGAUAAUAAUAAUGUACAAGAGAAACAUCGUUCAUUAAUCAGUUUCAGUCAAUUGAAGUUAUUAGGAUCAAAAGAAGAAAUCAACAAGAAAACUGAUAAGAAAUCUGAUAAAAGACGUUCUUGGGUGGUUGAUUUUAUACAUCAUGGGAAUACCAAUCGAGAAAGUAUAAAACAACAAAAGCAUAGAUCAAUUUCCAAUAUUGUGGUUUCCAAAACAAAGCAACCAGAACCUGUAACAAUAACAACUGUACCAGAUAAAUACAAUAGGAAAACACGUCUUUCAUACUCAGAUUUCAUUCGGCCACAAGUGAGAUCUAUUUCUACACCAGAUGUUACUAGAAUAAAUAAAACGCUACCACCACUACCACAGAAUAACAUACACGACAAUCAUAUUAAACAGACAAAUGCAGUUGAACCCAGUUCCUACUACAAUGACACAUUUAUUAAACCAAGGAGAAAUAAAUAUACGAAUAUAAACACAGCUCCAAUAACAUCAACCAGUCAUAUUAAUAACCAUUCAUAUCCUAGUAAACCCACAACGGGAAAGUCGUUACCACCAAUACCGCCACCAUCACCUCCAAAAAUUAAUGGAGAAUAUUAUCGGACAAAUAGAUUUGGUGACCGAUCCUAUUAUGUAGCUAGUAUGUAA